CUUCAUGCAGCCUUCAGCGAGAAGAGCCCAACCAGCAUCUUAGUUGCUCGCAUGCCGACGUAGGGAUCCGAGGAUAACCAAUAAUGUAUGCCGCUGCUGAAGCCCUCACUGCAGCCACACCUAGUGAGGUUUCAUCCCGGCGUGGUGGAGAGGGGCGGAGAGACGCAGGGCUGGUAAGGGGCAGAGCGAAGCCCUCAGAGAUACCCGAUCGCAGCGUCGGCGGAGAGCUGCGGGAAGUUCGCCGGGCACCGUGAGCUGGUGAGCGCCGGUCCUCCAUCAGCAUAACACAAGGCGAGGCACGUGUCCACGAUGGAUGGCGGCUCAGGCCCUGCGGUGGUCACUGCACCCCCGACCUCCGUCCCCCACUUCGACCGCGUGGUGGGCAGUCCGGGGGGGAACCUGUUCCACAACCUCCGGCAGGACUUCAACAUGAUGGAGCAGAGAAAGAGGGUCUCCAUGAUCCUGCAGAGCCCGGCCUUCUGUGAAGAGCUGGAGUCACUGAUUCAGGAUCAGCUGAACAAAGGGAAGGAUGCCACCAACCUGCUGGCCUUGCAGCAAAUGGCAGAUUUCUUGACCACCAGCAUGCCAACUGUGUACCCUAUGAUCCCCCGGGGGGGCAUGGCCACAAUCAACAUGAGCCUGGGGAUGGUUAUCCCCGUGAACGACCUCCGUGGCUCUGCCUCUGUGGCUUAUGAAAAGGGCGAGAAGCUCAUGCGCUCCAAGCUGGCCGCUCUGUACCGACUGGCAGAUCUCUUCGGCUGGUCCCAGCUCAUCUAUAACCACCUGACUGUGCGACUCAGUUCUGAGCAGGAACAUUUCCUGGUUGCCCCCUUUGGACUUCUGUACAGUGAGGUCACAGCCUCCAGCCUGGUGAAAGUUGACAUGCAGGGUGAGAUUGUAGACAGAGGGAGUACUAACCUCGGCGUGAACCAAGCUGGAUUCACCCUUCACUCGGCCAUCUAUGCGGCCCGGCCUGACGUCAAGUGCAUUGUCCACAUCCACACAGCAGCUGGCGCCGCGGUAUCAGCCAUGAAGUUCGGCCUCCUCCCCAUCUCACCGGAGGCCCUCUCCCUGGGUGAGGUGGCCUAUCAUGACUAUCAUGGCAUCCUGGUGGAUAAGGAGAUGACCCUGGCUAUACAGAACAGCUUAGGUCCCAAGAAAAAAGUGCUCAUACUGCGGAAUUAUGGCCUGCUGUCGAUUGGGGAGACGGUGGAGGAAGCUUUCCACUACAUUCACAACCUCGCUACUGCUUGUGAGAUUCAGGUUCGUACCUUGGCCGGUGCUGGGGGCCCCGAUAACCUGGUCACUCUGGACCCAGAGAAGUACAAAGCCAAACGGCAGAGUUCAGAGUCGGGCGAUGAGGAGGCCGAGGGCGACCAGCCGCGCUGGCAGGUCGGGGAGCAGCAGUUUGAGGCUUUCAUGAGGAUGCUGGACAACUUGGGGUACAGAACAGGAUAUCCGUAUCGCUGUCCAGCCCUGUGCGCCAAGAGUAAGAAGAACAGCAGCGUUGACAUGCCCCUGGCCCUCACUGGUCGCUCCUACAGCGAGAUCAACGGCCCCGGUACCCGCUCCCUGCCCAGAAUCGGCGGGGCGUCACGGCGGCUCAGCGCGGGCUCCUCUGACGGUGGCCCCGGUUCCCGGGUGUGGAACAACGUCACGCGCGGCCAUGUGAAGCCCUUGCUCAGGUCUCUCUCAUCUGGAGUCUGCGUGCCCAGCUGCAUGACCACCUGCCUGUGGUCAAAGGAGGAAGGUGCUCGGCCUCCUGCUGUGUCCAAUCAGUUUGUCCCCCUGAAUACAGACCCGAAGGAGGUGCUGGAGAUGAGGAACAAGAUCCGUGAGCAAAACCUACAAGACAUCAAAACGGCUGGACCCCAGUCCCAGGUCCUCUCCGGGCCUUUGAUGGACCACAGCUUUGGACAGAGAGGUACUAUCUGGCAGGACGCCCCCCUGUCAGACUGUACGGACACGCUCGAUGGGCUCAAUCUCUCAGAGCACGUCCGCGUCCCUGCUAGGGCUGAUAGAAAGGGGGAGCUAGUGACCGCCUCCAAAGCCAUCAUUGAGAAGGAGUACCAGCCAAAAGUCAUAAUCAACAAGACUGGUCCGAAUCCCUUCAACAGACUGACAGACCAGGAGUUAGAGGAGUACUGUAAAGAAGUUCAGCGCAAACAGAAAUGCCCGGAAGACCAAUCACAAGAGAUGGAGGAAGACUCAGAACGCAGGAGCCUGAGCUCUUCACCAAUCAAAGAAGACAAAGGAUCAGAGGAUGGGGAUGAUGAAAAAGAUUAGUUUGCCAUAAGGCGCAGCAGAAGCCAGCCCAGGUGUGACCAUCUUGUGAUGUCUCUCUCAAUCUAGUCCUGCUCAGUAACCCAAUCAACCCCAGGUCCUGGAGAUUCUGCCGGCUCUGGUUCAGGCCAAUACUCCUCAGGAGAAAACAACUGUGCUGCGGAUCCUUAACUGUCCUUGUAUUUAAUGGGCACCAUCUUCCUUUCAUUUUAUAGCCUCUCUGAUUACCUGCUCCAUCUUCUGAUUGGCUGUCCCCAAGGCCUAACUUCGGGUUAGCCACCACUCAUUGCUGCAGGCCAAAGCAUAUGCAGGCUUUUUGCCAGACCAACUUUUGUUAGCUAUGAAAUGGGCAGUUUCUCUACAGGAGUAAUUCAUUUAAAGCUAAUAGGCAUAAAUUCAUAUUCAGUAACAGUAACAAAUGUAUGGGGGCCCAAAAGCCUGCGUAUAGCACCACCUGCAGGAAAGAGUAGAGAAGGGUUAGUGCAUUUUAUCAGUCGACAUCAGGAAAUGUAACUAAAAGAAGUUAAAAAGAAGGCACAUUAAUCAGUGGUGGUGUGUGGCUGUAUCUGGAACGUGUUAACCCUUUACCACCCGUGAAUCCCUGCUUCAGAUUCUUUCAUGUUUCUGUAAUCAAUACUAGAAUGACCGGUUGGGACUGAACUGUAUUUAGACGUGUUAACCUUUUUAAGUUUGGUUUUCAGAUAUGUAUGAAUGUUUGUGAGGGUCAGUGUUAAAAAAAAAAAAAAGACAAAACUGGGGGGUUGGGAAAAUGCUGCAUGAGAGUGUAUAUCGCCUUACUGUUUGCUUAAGGAAUAUUACAAACGCAAAGAUCCCUGUAAAUGACACACUGAAGCCGUUUGAGCUUCACCUAGCAAGUACCAAGAAGCUUCAAGGGAACACAAAAUGUACAUUCAGAGAAGCGAUCUAGAACAUUGUUUGUUUUUUCCUGAGCCUUUAUAAUGCUCCUGUUAAUUUAACAAGUCUGCCCGUUCUGUGGGCUUUGUUUUUGUCCCUCACAUCCUUCUUUGUAAACUCAUGCCACUGAAGUGUGGGGAAACUUCCAGGGUGGUGGUUCUGUCUGGUAUGCUGGACCUAUCAUGUUCAGUAUCAUUUGCAUCAGGUGUCUUCCUUGAUCUAAUACCUUGUUAAACAGUAAUUUGACCCCUUGAUCCUGUCUGCAUCCUUUAUGUAAUCAGUGUCAGCCCCUUGAUUUGCUCUUGCAGAGGUACCUAAUAAACCAGUCGCUGAGUUUAUUUAA